GUCGAUCGUCAAAGCUAUAAAACGUUAUGUUUUCACUGUCUUGCUGUAUUAUUUGUUGGCAUCAACAAUGACAGCACUGACGUCUCGGCAAAAAUGUUCCGAUGCCAAGCCAACUGCCGGAAGCUGCCAUCGCCGCAAUGAUCAAAGCGAUGAUUUGAUGGCUUGGGAAUAGGUCGAAGCGAUCCUCCGUCGUAAUAACGUUACCUUUAGAAAAACCAUGAGCAGUCCAAAACGAAUGUACCUCCGAUAUCCUUCCACUGCCCUGGGAUACCGAUUCCUGGCAGCAUGCCUUCUUUUUGCUAUCCGAGCAAGCUCGUUUUCUCUGCCGUCAAGGAUACCCCCGUAUCGAUAUUCUAUCCCAACGACACAUCCUCAACAUCAUCCUCAAUCUGGAAGAAACUAUCAUUGGCAACUGCAUUCCAGUCUCCCACCACCAAAUGGUAGUACAUUACCACCGAAUGGUAGUAUUACUAAUUUCCGGCGUCAACGUAAUAACAAUAACAAUGGCACGCCCUACUCUGCCGGACAACCAUCGUCCCCCGGCUGGAAGCAAGGGCAACUGGAAACCUUGGUAUCCUGGGCUGUCAGUGACAAGGCCAAUCGACCCGUGAUGCGCGAGUACGAACCCGAUGCACUCUGGCUGUGGUCGCAAUGGCGUGGCACCGUGUUAUCGUUGGCAUUUGUACCCGUCGUACUCAACAUGCUGGUGGGCAUUGGUGUGGAUCGGUUUGUCCAUUCCGUGUCGGAAUCCUCGUGGCCGCUUCUGGCCAUUCCACCUUCGGAGGAUCCCGUGAUUCAACAAUUGGCCGGAUUGAAUGCCGUGUGGGAUUAUCAGGUUACCUUGACGACCUUUAUUCUCACAUUCUUCACGGCAGAAGCCUACAAACAUUGGAGAUCGGUAUACUUUACGACACGAGCCAUUCAAGGACGGAUCAAUGAUAUCUGCAUGCUGGUCACCAUGGGCGUCAAUAAGGAAUAUGCCAACUCGGAAGCGUCGCAAGAGUUGGUGGCACGGGUGACACGGCUGAUUCGAAAAAGUCAUUCCUUCUUCUGGGCUGCAACUCCCACUGUUUCCGAUGGUUUGGCGGAUGGGAAGGACAAACAUCACGCCCCUCAAAAUGUGGAGGAACACGAAUUCGGACCCAUGCUGCUCACUCCCGAAGGACUCCGAGGGUUGGCCAAUGUGGGAGAAUUGACGCACGAGGAAGCCGAUGCCUUAUUGGAAUCGGGACUACCACCCACACAAUACACAUAUGUUUUGAUGGAAUGGGUAGGUCUCUACAUUAUGGAGGGACUCGAUUUGGAACUAUUGGGCCACGGUAGUAGUGGCAAACCCAACAAUGGAUUGGAGGAAAACAUACUGCGACAACUCACAAUGCUGCGAGGGGAAUACUUUAAUCUCGGGGAUCUGUAUUCGGGACGCAUGCCGUUGGCAUACGUGCAUUUGGUCCAGGUCCUGGUCGAUAGUUUGCUGGUACUGGCGCCCUUUUCGCUCUACAGUGGCAUGGGAAGUCUUUCCAUUCCACUCACGGGACUGCUCACGCUAUUUUACAAGGGGUUAUUGGAACUUUCAAAGUCCUUUUUGGAUCCAUUUGGUGUCGAAGGAUAUCCUGGACAGAAUAUUCGAGUAGAUGUGCUGGUUUCCGAGUUGAACUUUGGAGCGGCAUCGAGAUGGGUGGUGGCCGCUAAAUCUUGCCCUCCAUCCAACAUCUCUGUUCCACAAAACGACAAACGCAGAAGAGCGGUCAAUGGGCAAAACAUGGCUGGUCAUGAAUGAUGAAAUGAAUGCAUGUUUCGACAAUCCGCAUAGCAUGCCUAUGCCCAUGAAGCAACCAAACGAUGCGAGCUUCGUCAAUCGAGUGUGAAUCUUCACAGUUUCUUGCGAACCUUCCAAAAUCGCAACUUCCUUUGCCUCGGUGAUUGGCAAAUCGAUCAAUUCGGUAUUCCUUGAACGAGUCAAUCAUUCAAUGCGGUGGCUGGGUCAUCCAAACAAGUUUAUUUUUCACCUUCCCAAAGAUGUGAUCCAUUCUCUCGUCACGAAACAACUUCUUUGUGGAUCCGUAAGUUCUAAGACCAACUGUUUAGCUUAUGCGAGGGGCUUCAGUUUCAAAGUAGAUCUGGGCCAGGUAUUCAGCUCAAGUCCACUUCAUU